GCGGCGAAAAAAAUUAUCAAAUAUAUAAAAAUAGAUUAGAUUGUCCAUCGUACGCGAUAAACACGGGCGACGCGAACGAAUUCAUUCGUUCGCGUUCGCCGCAAGGUUUGAAAAUCAAAUCGUUUUGUUUUUGGUCGCGCGUUGAAGCGACUAGACGUAUAUCAAAGCGGAUGUUUUAACUUUGUUUUAACUUUUUAACCAUGGUCAAUAUGGAGCUCCUUAUAUCCGAGGUACAAAAAAGAAAUGUUCUCUGGAAUAAGUUUAAUAAAAAGUAUAGGGACAGAUUGAUGUCUGAGAAAGAAUGGGAAGCUGUUGCCAGAACAGUACAUAUGAAUAGAGAAGACGUAAAACGGAAAUGGAAAAAUAUAAGAGACACGUAUUUAAAAGAAAAGAAAAAAGUAAAAAAGAGCCGUUCGGGAGACUCUCAAGAUAAUGCAGAGGUGUAUACUGGUAAAUGGGUCUAUUAUCAUUUAUUGCAUUUUUUAAAAGACACAACCACUCCUAGAACCACCGAGGGAAAUGUAUCUGAUGAAAACGAAACGCAAUUACAAAUGUCUGACCUUUCAGAUUCGGAAGAAGUUAAUUCAUUUUCGAGUAGUUUUAUUGAUAUUGAAGAUAAUAUUCAAAGUCCUGAAAAUCCAGUUUCUGUCACACAAUCAGAAUGUUUUACCAUUCCAAGUACUUCAAAUUUGUCGCAUGUUAAUAUUUCAACAAGUAUUUCCAAUGAUUCAGAUACCUCUUCUAAGACUUCUUCAAUCAAAAGAAAAAAAAAGCAAGAAAAUAAAAGUUUUGAAAGUGAAUUAUUAAAAUUGGAAACACAAAAAAUUAACGCGUUACUUGAAUCUAAUAAACCACAAGUGCAGGAUGAUGAAGACAUGAUGUUCUUGAAAUCACUUCAUCCAUAUUUAAAAAACAUGGAUAAUUUACAAAAAUUACGAGUAAGAAACGAAAUUCAAACUGUACUCAUUAACCAAUUGUCAAUAAAGCAUCAGCAACAUCAAAAUUCAAACGUCCCACCUGCACCAAUACAUGAACUCUACAUUCCUCAACAUAUUCAAGAACAGAUUACCACAAAUUCGUCAGAUAAUCCAACUUUCAUUGGUUACCAACAGUACUGAGUAACAACAACAUCAAAAUUAAAAAAAAGAAAACAUUUUAAAUC